AAUUCAAAUAGUUGUUUUUCUAAAUUCGCAACGAAAACAGAUUCCUUGCAAUCAGCUCUAAAAUGCAAUUUCAACAAAAGGUGAUUCUGUCGGUGGGCUUUGCCUGUGUUUUGGCUUUUGUCAAUGCUUCCAAUUUCAUAGGACAGGAAUCGGAUAAUGGUCUGUUAAGUUAUAUGGCACGUUCCAAUGAUUUAUUGCGACAGGAUCCGUCACGUUCUUUGGAAUGUUUCAGCUACUAUAUUCCAUUGAUAAAUGAAAUUGCCUCAAGGUAUGAAUCGAAUUAUCAGGCCUGCUUAAAUGAAUCGUUGGCCGCUCGUUCUAAGGCUGAUAAUGCUACAUGGGAUCAACGUAAUGAUUUGGCAAAUGCCGCUGAAAGUUCGUGUGCUUUGUUGAGUCAGUGCGGUGAAGAUGAGUCGGUGGAGGGAAUAUUUGAGUGUUACAUUAAUGGGGGUGCUGCCAACAUUCAAACCAUGUAUUCCAUUAAUGCCAACGCUUCUCAAGAGUUAGCUGCCUUGCGUGAACAGUACUAUUUAAUCCAAUCUGAUGAGUACAGAUGUACUAACGACACAAAACGGGCCUAUGAAAAGGAAUCGGCUGCAGCUUAUGCUAAUCUAAAUAGUUGUAUUUUGGGUAACUCUCCCGUACCCACACAAGGACCUGCAACUACUACUAUUGCCGCAACUGAAGCACCAGCAGAACCAGAAACAACCACAAUUGAUGUAAUAACAGAAGAACCAGAACAACCAGAAACUACAACGGGAGAACCCGAAGAAUUGAGUUCUUUCCAAGACUAUUUCAUUUAAAAAUCAAAUUAUUAUUAUUACUAUUUGAAUAAAUUCGCAUUUAACAAAAAUAAUAUUGUU